AUAUUGUAUAGGGACUAGGGUACACACUUAUGUAUUUAUACUAAAUUCAUUUACAUGUGGUUUUGCUCGUUGGCCUUGUAUCAUGAAAAUGCAAUUAGACAUCGCCUUCGACUGCCAGAAACGCUGAGAAACUUUUUUUUGCAUUUCUUAAACCCGUUUCAUCGCUACUGCCCUCCACCAACCCUAAUCCCCAAAUUUAUUAACCCUAAUUUCAUCUCUCUCGCUUCACUUCACCAUUUGCAGUAGCAAGAAGAAUGAGGCCUACAGCCUUGCUUGGUGUUCUGAACAAGCAGUUUCUUGGAAUCGCCGGUGAUGCUGCGAAUGCUGUUGCUAAGAAGCUGACACCGUCUGCUUCUCUUGUGUCGCGAAAACCAGCGUUUAUAGAUGCAUUCCUGUACAAGAUGAAAAAGAACCCUGAACUUUUGAAGAACAAGACCAUUUGGUCACGGAGAUCCACCAUCUUGCCGGAAUUUGUUGAUUCCCAGGUCAAAAUUUACAAUGGGAAAACCACCAUUCGUUGUAAGAUCACUGAGGGAAAAGUGGGUCAUAAGUUUGGAGAGUUUGCACUCACUAGGAAACGCAAAAGUAGAGACCAACCUAAUGCCAAAGUUAAACAACUCAAGAAAAAGAAGUGAUUUUCUUACAUGGUUUAUAUUAUGCAGUAAUUUACAUCAAUGUGGAUAAAGAGUAUGGCUUCUUUUCUAUCUGAAGUAUUUGACUUGAGUAUUGUCAAUAAGGAUUUCAUGAAAUUUGACAAUGACUGCUGUUUGUUCAAGUAGGUUCAUUGACUUUGCGGUCUCUACAUUUUUGUUGUUCUAAUUUAACACAACAACUGAUUGAUCAAUUUAUGGUUAUGUGAGUGUGUAUUUUAUGGUUAUUUGUUUGUGUUGAAUGUCCUGCCACAGCAUAGGUGUGUCCUUUAUGACGUAUCUUUUUUUUGUGUAUUUGGCUAUAUUGUACCUAAUCUAAAUAAAGAUAGAGAAGAUGAGAUUAUUCAGUUGAUUUUAUGUAUUGUUGCAAGCUUGAACACUACUAGAUAAAAUUAACAGUGUAAUUGAUGCCAAUGUACUUCAGUUAAGUUGUUAUAACUUAUAUGUAACGAGAUGGCUGUUCUUCC